AUGGUUAUUGGCUGUUGCACACUAAAUAAUAUUUCGGAAGAUGCCAAAACGCGAAGUGAUGCAAAUAAACAGAUUGAGAAAUUAAUUGAAAAGGAGAAAAAGAACUUUAAAUCUACACACAGACUACUCCUUCUGGGUGCUGGAGAGUCUGGGAAAUCGACCAUUGUUAAACAAAUGAGGAUAUUACACAUAGAUGGCUUUUCAGAACGAGAAAAGAAAGAAAAGAUUGAUGCAAUCCGGAAAAACCUCCGUGACGCUAUUUGUUCAAUAGCUGGCGCUAUGAGUUCUUUGAAACCACCAGUGGAGCUUGAACUUGGUGAAAACAGAAAGUUGAGGGAUUAUAUACUGGAAACUGCAUCUAAACCUGAUUUUGACUAUCCGACGGAGUUCUUUACAUAUUGUGCCAAAUUAUGGAAGGAUGGAGGCAUACAGGAGACGUUUGAAAGAUCAAAUGAAUAUCAACUAAUCGACUGUGCAAAAUAUUUCCUUGACAAGGCUUUAGAGGUUGGUGCUCCAAACUACAUCCCAUCAGAACAGGAUAUUCUACGCUGUCGUGUUCUAACUUCCGGGAUAUUUGAAACCAAGUUCAGCGUAGAUAAAGUUAAUUUCCAUAUGUUUGACGUCGGCGGGCAGAGGGAAGAGCGCCGAAAGUGGAUACAGUGCUUUAACGAUGUCACUGCAAUCAUUUUUGUCGCUGCUUGUUCUUCGUACAAUAUGGUUUUACGUGAAGACCCUAGCCAAAACCGUGUAAAGGAGUCUCUAGAACUUCUUGCUUCCAUAUGGAACAACAGGAUUUUCCUGAUCGUCCGUGGCUACUGAGUCUGGAGUAUCCUGUGUAGAUAGCAUUUUUUGGAUACUAGUACUUUUUUGGUCAUGGAGGUGGUCAUGGCUUAUCAAGUUUCAGCCCGUUACAAUCAAACUAUUUAAACGUUAGUGUUGAAGAUACUGACUGAUAUUGUCUGACAGUUGUUUUUAAUUCUAUAUGAACUUCAGUUGCAAGAAUGCCACGCAUACUUUGUCACUAAGUGCCUUCACAUCUGCAUCAGAUACCCUUUGUUCGUCAAUGAUGGUGCUCAGGUACAUGAGAGUGUCCAUCUCUUCUAGUGC